AUGCUUCGCCUCGCCAGAAAGGGAGUUCAGACCGCUGUCAUCAGAUCCUACGCCAAGGAUGUGAAGUUCGGCGCUGAAGGACGUGCAGCAAUGCUUGUUGGAGUCAACCUUUUGGCUGAUGCCGUCUCUGUUACUAUGGGUCCAAAGGGAAGAAACGUGAUCAUCGAGCAAUCAUGGGGAAGUCCAAAGAUCACAAAAGACGGAGUCACCGUUGCCAAAUCCAUCGAUCUCAAGGACAAAUACCAGAAUUUGGGAGCCAAACUCAUCCAAGACGUCGCCAAUAAGGCCAACGAGGAGGCUGGAGACGGAACCACCUGUGCCACCGUUCUUGCCCGUGCCAUCGCUAAAGAAGGAUUCGAGAGCAUCCGUCAGGGAGGAAACGCCGUUGAGAUCCGUCGUGGAGUGAUGAACGCCGUCGAUGUGGUUGUUGCCGAGCUGAAGAAGCUUUCGAAACAAGUCACCACCCCAGAAGAGAUCGCUCAAGUCGCCACAAUUUCCGCCAAUGGAGACACCGUCGUUGGAAACUUGAUCUCUGAUGCUAUGAAAAAGGUUGGAACCACUGGAGUUAUCACUGUUAAGGAUGGAAAGACACUCACUGAUGAGUUGGAGUUGAUUGAGGGAAUGAAGUUCGACAGAGGAUACAUCUCUCCAUACUUUAUCACUUCUGCCAAGGGAGCCAAGGUCGAGUAUGAGAAGGCUUUGGUGCUUUUGAGUGAGAAGAAGAUCAGUCAGGUCCAGGAUAUUGUUCCGGCUCUUGAGCUCGCUAACAAGCUCCGCCGUCCAUUGGUUAUUAUUGCUGAGGAUGUUGAUGGAGAAGCUCUCACCACUCUUGUUCUCAAUAGACUUAAGGUCGGACUCCAAGUGGUCGCCGUCAAGGCUCCAGGAUUCGGAGACAACCGCAAGAACACCCUCAAGGAUAUGGGAAUCGCCACCGGUGCCACAAUCUUCGGAGACGACUCGAACCUUAUCAAGAUCGAAGACAUCACUGCCAACGAUCUUGGAGAGGUUGACGAAGUCACCAUCACCAAGGACGACACUCUCCUUCUUCGCGGACGUGGAGAAGCUGCUGAAAUCGAGAAGAGAAUUGAGCAUAUCGCUGAGGAGAUUGAACAAUCAACCAGCGAAUACGAAAAGGAGAAACUCAACGAACGACUUGCCAAACUCUCCAAGGGAGUCGCUGUUCUUAAGAUCGGAGGAGCUUCUGAGGUCGAGGUUGGAGAGAAGAAGGAUCGUGUCACUGAUGCUCUCUGCGCUACACGUGCUGCUGUUGAAGAGGGAAUCGUUCCAGGAGGAGGUGUUGCUCUUUUGAGAUCUCUCCAUGCUCUUAAGACAUACAAGGCUGCCAAUGAGGACCAACAAAUUGGAGUGAAUAUUGUGAAGAAGUCGUUGGUGCAACCAAUUUCCACCAUUGUCAAGAAUGCCGGACUCGAGCCAUCGUCUAUUAUUGAUGAGGUUAUGGGAAAUAGCAAUGCUGCCUACGGUUAUGAUGCUCUUAACUCCAAAUUCGUCAAUAUGUUCGAGGCUGGAAUUAUUGAUCCAACCAAGGUCGUCCGAACUGCCCUCCAAGACGCAUCUGGAGUCGCCUCCCUUCUCGCCACCACCGAAUGCGUUGUGACCGAGAUUCCAAAGGAGGAGCCAGCAGGACCAGCCGGUGGAAUGGGAGGAAUGGGUGGAAUGGGCGGUAUGGGAGGAAUGGGAUUCUAA